AUGGCUUCUGCGACGGGAAUCCCACCAAAUGCCGCCGCGGCGCGCGGACAGAGUGAACAAGAGCCUCUUCUAGGCAGAAGAGGAGAUGCGAGCCAGAUGCAUGGGCAGCCUCUCUACCAUAACCUGUGGAUCGGCACCGCUCCCAUCGCGCAAGCAGGAAUAUGGAUUCUCGCAGCCAUCAUCUGGGGAGCCAUCUUCUCCAACAAACUCAUCUUCUUCUCCGCCCACCCAGUAAGCCCCUCACCCCUCAAACCUCGCCCACCACCAACUAACCGCCCAACCACGCAGCUCCUCAACUCCGCCGGCUUCCUCCUAGCCAUCCAAGCAGCCCUCGUCCUCCAACCAACCCACACCCCCGAACAAAAGCGCUCCGGCACCCUUGCCCACUUCCUCUUCCACGCGCUCGGCGCCUCCGCCCUCACCGCCGGCCUCAUCAUCAUCGAAAUGAACAAAGCCGGCCCCGGCCACGAACACUUUGAAUCCGCGCACGCGCGCCUCGGCCUCACCUUUUAUAUCCUUGUGUACAUCCAGGCGAUUGUGGGGUUCACGCAGUACUAUGUGCCGCAGCUUUAUGGCAGUGUGGACAACGCGAAGAGUAUUUAUAAGUAUCAUAGGAUGGCUGGGUAUGUUAUUGCGGUGCUGGGGCUUGCGACGAUUUGCGCGGCGACGUGGACGACGUAUAAUUUGAACUUGGCGCAUGUGCAGCAUUGGGCUGUUAUUGUUGCGAGUGUGUUGGUGCUUGUGGGGGUUGUGCCGAGGAUUAGGUUGAGUAAGUUUGGGAUUAAGACUGGGGAGGGGGAGGUGAGGUUGCAGUAG